ACAGGUUUCUAUUGUCCGUGUAUCAGCUGUUACUGAAGACUAGUUUACCUUCAGAUUACUACAUAACUCUGAUAUAUACUCUGUUAUAUACUCUGAUAUAUAGCAGCUGUUAUAUUUACUGAUAUAAAGCAGCUUCCUGUCGUCAGCAGCGGUGGAGAAACAUGGAUGAAAACAAGAUGGUGACGGGUAAAGUGAAGAAGCCGGGGAAACGCGGCCGUAAACCUGCAAAGAUCGACCUGAAGGCCAAACUGGAGCGAAGCCGGCAGAGCGCCAGAGAGUGCAGAGCCAGGAAGAAGCUCCGCUACCAGUAUCUGGAGGAACUGGUUUCCAGUAAGGAGAGAGCCAUCUGUGCCCUGAGGGAGGAGCUGGAGAUGUAUAAGCAGUGGUGUUCGGCCAUGGAUCAGGGGAAGAUUCCCUCUGAGAUUAAAGCUCUGCUGACCGGAGACGACCACAAGAUGUCUCAGAGCGGCAGCAGCGCCCAGAAAUCCUCCAAGAACUCCAAGAACAGCAUCAACGGCCCCAGAGACUGAGCUACGGAGGCUACGCAGCGCCCCACACACACACUGAGCUACGGAGGCUACGCAGCGCCAUACACACACAUCACACUGAUCUACGGAGGCUACGCAGCGCCCCACACACACACUGAGCUACGGAGGCUACGCAGCGCCCAUACACACAUCACACUGAGCUACGGAGGCUACGCAGCGCCCAUACACACAUCACACUGAGCUACGGAGGCUACGCAGCGCCCAUACACACAUCACACGGAGCUACAGAGGCUACGCAGCGCCCACAUACAUCACACUGAGCUACGGAGGCUACGCAGCGCCCCACACACACACAUCACACUGAGCUACGGAGGCUACGCAGCGCCCACACACAUCACACUGAGCUACGGAGGCUACGCAGCGCCCCACACACACACACAUCACACUGAGCU